UACGAGGCUGUGAUAGCGGGAUUGAACACGGCGCGAGAACUGGGAGCUCAGAGAUUCAAGUCCGUUCUGACUCAGCCCUGGUGAUAAACCAGCUAAAUGGCGUGUUCGAGGUGAAGGAAGAGGCAUUGGGCGCGCACCUUAAAAGGAUAGAGGGGAUGCGUUCCUGGUUCGAGCAAGUGGAGUUCACACAUGUUCCAAGAGAGGAAAAUGCCCACGCGAACGCGCUGUCGAAGCUGGCCACCGGUACCAAUUUCGAGAACGAAAGACACGUGAUAGUCUCAAAGGAGCAUCCCUCUGAGGAACCAAUGGUGGGAGUGAUCGGAGAACAAGGCGGCGAGGGAGAAGGGUGGAUGACCCCGAUCAAGGCGUAUCUACUCCAUGGGGCGAUCCCGGAGGACGCCAGGCAAGCGUGGCAGGUGCGACGCAAGGCGGCCCGUUGCACGAUUUUAGAAGGACAGAUGUAUAAGAGAUCACACUCGGGGGCUUACCUGAGGCGCCUCACGGAGGCAGAGGGAGAAAGGGCGAUAGCAGAAGUUCACCAAGGCUCCUGUGGAAUGCACGCGGGUGCGAGGAGCCUCGAGAAGGUGCUGUUACGCCAAGGUUACUACUGGCCCACGAUCAGAAAAGACGUCAAGAGGCAUGUGGAGAGCUGCCAUCAAUGCCAGAUCCACUCCCACGACGUGCAUGUCCCGCAGGCGCCCAUGCGAGGCAACGUGGGCGCAUGGCCAUUCUCACAGUGCGGGAUGGACCUGUUGGGGCCCUUUCCUAAGGCGCCCGGGCAGAUGAAGUAUCUCAUUGUGGCAGUUGAUUACUUCUCAAAAUGUGUGGAAGCCGAACCCUUGGCGACCAUCACCCAGGCCCAGGUUAAGAAGUUUACAACCAGGAACAUUUUCUCGCGGUACAGGCUACCCGAGUCAAUCGUAGCUGACCAUGGUAAGCAGUUCGAUUGCCGCCAGUUUAUCAAAUUCUGCGAUGAAAGCGUCGUCGUCCUCCGCUUCUCUUCGGUGGCCUACCCACAGGCCAACGGGCAGGCUGAGGCAGCCAACAAGAGCAUCUUGCAUGGGCUCCAUACGAUAUUUCUGGAUGCCAAGGGAAGAUGGGUCGAAGAACUCCCGGGCGUGCUUUGGGUGCAUUGGACAACACACAAGGUGGCGACAGGGGAGACGUCGUUCGCUUUGACUUCUGGUAGUGAGGCGGUUAUCCCGGUUGAGGUGCGUUUUCCGACGCACCGCGUGGCAGAAUAUGAGGAGUCAACUAAUGGGGAGGAGCGCGUGCACGACCUCGACAUGCUGGAAGAGCGCAGGGAUAUUGCCUCCGUGCGGCUCGAGGCCAUGAAGCAGCAGGUAGCCAAGUACUACAAUCGUAAGAUGCGACCUCAUCAGAUACGCCUGGGAAGUCUGGUGUUGCGACGUGACUUCCGCCCGAAGCCAUGCGAGGGGAAGCUCGCUCCCAAGUGGAAGGGACCGUACCGUGUUCGAGAGAUUAUAGGGCCAGCCACAUUCAAACUGGAACGCGUUGAGGGAAAGGUCAUCAAGCGAACAUGUAAUGCGCAGAACCUCAAGGUGUACCAUAGGACGGGGGCAGAGGAGGUCUACGAGUAAGGCAUUGACAGCAAAGGGAGGGGUGCCCACAUUUUGGCCCAUAGUUGAGGGUAAGUGGUUAGGUGUAAGGGGAAUUACUAUUACUGCAAGCGCGUCACCCCACGCGCCGAGGAAGAUGAUUGUAAAGCGCCCACCUUUUUUGCCAUAGGAUUAUAGAAAUGAGUACCGUAAAGCGCCCUACUUUUGAGCCUUAACAUUAUAGCAACAUUUGCGGUAAAGCGCCCUACUAUUGCGCCUU